CCCAACUCGCUUGCCCCCAGACACGCCAUCACCAGCGCCCCCAUCCCCUUGUCAAGCUUGCAACUUCUGCGUCCUAAGGAGGCGUCGAUCGUCCCUCGAUCAUUUCAACCUCAACCCUCAACCCAUCUCCUCAUCCUUUUAGGCUCCCUCUCUACCUCGAAAACACCCUUCGCCGGUCCUGUUGCAUUUCUGCGCCGCGGUACCUCCCCCGACCCUCGACACCUGAAUUCUUCUACAGUCUCUACCUGCGCUUUCCAAGCUCCUCUCUUCUUGUGCUGCGGAAUCUGUCAAACGUCUCCCUGCCCAUCAUUUCCGAUCCCAACCCUGUGUCUCAUUCUGUCUCGUCCUCCCUCCAACGAUCUUGGGCGUCUGAGUUAAGUACAGAUUCACCCUUCUGCUAGAUACGGGAAGGACAGAGGAUCAGGACCAUCUUCAAAAGGCGUUGCUUUACUCAAAUCCAUCCUCGCACACACUUCCUCACCCACCAUCACCAUCACUAUCUCCUCUACGACUCCUCCGUUGAGCAUCUCGCACGUCCGCCCUCAGUUUCACCUCCACACGUCCUUUCUUGCACCUCAUCGAGCCAUUUCAGAGCACACAGCAUAUCUCUCCAGUUCACAGCCAACCCCAGCACGAACCUGAACCUAUCCUCUUUCACACUCACAAUCUUAUCCCUGGCGUUUCGCUCUCGCAUUCGCAGUUCGACCCUCUCCCCUACACCAGCAAGUUUUCCUUCGACCACCUCUUGGUGUACAUAAAAAGAAUUAUCCCAGAGAAGAAAUAAUAAAAAAGAAAUUUACCUGCACACUGUCUCCCUGGGUAACCCCCUCGAUACACGCAAUAUGUCUGCCUCACCCAGCUCCCACGCCAUGUCUUCAGCAAAACGCCCCUUGGAAGAUCCCUCUUCCCCUUCUGCCCCGACUGACUUACCGGACGCCAAACGCCCAGCGCUAGACAAGGUGGUCAGAGAUGAUGCUGCCGCUGAGGGAUCUGCUGCCACUAGCAGCGGACUGGUCGAAGGUCCAAAGCCCACUGAAAAGCACCCAUUACCAGCACCGGUUACAAAUGGAUCAACAGAUGGACACGUUGAAGGCGCCACAGCAGUGGGAACCAAGGGAGCACCAACCGUUCCCUCGCCAGACACGCAGUCGCAAACUGCUUCCCAAAACGAUCGAGCCACGUCUCAGCCUCCAUCUAUGCCGCCGCAAGAUGAGACCAACUGGAUUCAUAUCCGUGCGGUCAUUUCAAGUGCAGAAGCUGCAACCUGUAUUGGCAAGGGCGGCGAGAAUGUCACGCAAAUCCGAAGACUUUCUGGUGCCAAGUGCACCGUGAGCGAUUAUUCCAGGGGUGCUGUUGAGCGCAUCUUGACUGUUAGUGGUGCUCAAGAUGCUGUCGCAAAGGCGUUUGGCCUUAUCAUUCGUACCCUGAACAACGAGCCCCUCGAAGCUCCGUCCACCGCGCAAUCCAAGACCUACCCACUGCGACUCCUGAUCCCCCAUAUCCUGAUCGGCUCCAUCAUCGGAAAAUCUGGCGUGCGCAUCCGAGAAAUCCAGGAAGCCUCGGGAGCUCGCCUCAACGCUUCGGACUCGUGCCUCCCCCUUUCCACCGAGCGCUCUCUGGUCGUACUUGGCGUCGCUGAUGCAGUUCACAUUGCCACGUACUAUAUUGCAGUCACCUUGGUUGAGCAAUUGACGGAACGUUUUGGUGGCCCUGCCGCGUCCGCUUAUGCCACAAGAAGUGGCGGUCCGGCAGGAGUUGUCCCAGGUGGUAUGCAGGUUGUGCCAUAUGUGCCCCAGCCGGCCGGCGGUCAAUAUGGCCACCCAGACAUGUAUAAGAGGCACAAUACGCAUCCACCACAACGAAUGCCUCCUCAGCCCUAUGGCGCACCACAGAUGCAUGGUACUCCCCAACAACCAUAUCCUCAAUUCGCCCAGCCGUACGCAGGAGCAACGCCACGAACUCCGAGUUAUGGGGUCGGCCCACAGCAACCGGCAGCGUAUGGGCAAAUGCCGCCUCAGCCUGCUGCUGCUCAUGGACAACCUGCCCAGCCAGCACACGCGAUGCCAGGACAACCAAUCACGCAGCAAAUCUUCAUUCCCAACGAUAUGGUAGGUGCGAUCAUUGGCAAGGGUGGCGCCAAAAUCAAUGAGAUUCGGCAUCUCAGCGGAAGUGUCAUCAAGAUCAACGAGCCACAGGACAACAGCAAUGAAAGGCUGGUCACCAUUACCGGAACGCAAGAAUGCAACCAGAUGGCAUUAUACAUGCUGUAUUCGAGGCUGGAGAGCGAGAAACAUCGGAUCUAGAUGGCAGCGGAAGAGAUCGUUCGCUUGGCAUGGUAGCAGCUCAAAUCUUCUAUUCUGUGUCGAAGCUGCCAUUUCUUUCGGGCUUUCGAGAGUGGUGAAUAAUGUGAUGGCUUACAGCUAGUAUUUUUAUGUGGUUCGGGCCAGGGCUGCCCGAAUGAAGGAUUGCCCAUGCGUGAUAUUACGAGGACCAGAUGCAAUCUGGGAGUAGGACGCUUUGGUCAGGCGUCAUUAAUUUCUUCCAAGUCGGGAGGAUAUCUUCGAGGCAUGGAAAGAAUGGAGCUAUUUGGAAGCAACAGAUGGACCAACCUUUCUGCUUUGUUCCUGGCUUGAUGAAUGUGUACCAUUAAUAGACUGCAAAAGUUCGUUUCUCAGUGCUUUGGGAUUGCGUCAAUCACAGUUGUGGUUAAAUACGGCUCGUUGUCGUUCCUCGGUG